GAGCUGCUUCUUGGCACCCGCGCGCCUCCAUGGACGGUCUCUCUCUACAUUAUAUCUUGCAUCUUUCUGCAAUAUCUAUAACCGGAUGUGUCUAAUUUAUUCGUUAAAUGUUACGUUUUAAUGUUAAAACAAAUUCCCCCAAACACAUCCGAUAUAAAACAACGUUGCAUUCCGACAGGAAGAACCUGGCUGUUCCCAGGCGGAAAACGAUGCGAUGCUGCAGAGGAAAAUGGAGUCCAGCAGGCUGCUCACAUCAGGACGGUGCAAAGACUCCAUAUGCAGCCGCACAUUUGCAAAGAAGAAACCAGCGUGCAGAACUCAAGCAGCUGGAGCAGUUUAUCUGAAGUGAAGCAGUUGAUGCAGGGCCACCACCGGGAGGAUGGAGAGGACCACUCGCAGCACCAAGGUACUCCCUUCCCCGGAUACAGAGAGACAAAUGCCCCGGGUAAAGAGUCGAGGUUCUCCGUCGGUGACCUGCAGUGCCAUGCCUGGAUGACCUGUGCAAAGCCCGCUCAGGUGCAGAGGAAAACGGCCUGCCAGGGAAAAGAAAAGCCGCCUAUUGUUGUCUACCCGUGGAUGAAGAAAGUGCACAUCGCUCAUGUUAAUCCGAACCACAUGGGCCCGGAGCCAAAGCGACUACGGACGGCCUACACGCGCCAGCAGGUUCUGGAGCUCGAGAAGGAGUUCCAUUUUAGCCGCUACCUCACGCGCCGCCGCCGGGUCGAGGUGGCCCACACGCUCUGCCUAUCCGAGCGCCAGGUGAAGGUGUGGUUCCAGAACCGACGCAUGCGCUGGAAGAAAGACAACAAGCUGCCGAACACCAAAGGAAGGAGCAAAAAUAAGAAGGCAACGGACAACAAUAACAGCAGCAGCAGCAGCAGCAGCAGCAGCAGCGACAGUAACGUGAAGGCGGUGAUAACCGUCUGAGAACAGAAGCAGAGUUUGGCCGUCAGAGGCAGCCAUGUUAGCACCUUCACUCCAAAUCUGAUGUCUGACGGUGCUAAGCUGAUCCAGGGGGACUGAAACAAUUUUAAACUGCUUUAAAAGUGCAGGCUAUCCAUCUAUAGCUCUAAACAAGGCUUUCAAAUUCGUUAAUGUACUUUGCCUUACAUUUGAACUUUGAAGUGUUUUUAUUUUUUCUGUUGUGUAGCGGUUCCAAUUUCAGUUUGAUAUUUCAUUCAUUAAUUCCUGUUUUGAGUCUUACAUUUAGAUAAACUUCAAGGUUGAUGGUCUGACAUCUCUCUGGAGAAAUUGGGUAAUAGCUCGGAUAUAAAGGGCGCAUGCCUAUUUGGAUGGGCGGAUUGUGUCUUUUGGAGAAAGAAAAAACAGGGUUUUAUUUCUACAGGGUAAACUUUAUACAGGGUUUUAUAAUAGCUACCUAAAAAUUAAAUUAGCCUAACUUAUGAAUAUGCACAUUACCAAAAUGUUGUGUCCACAAACUGGCGCUUAACGGGGCAAAAGAAGAAACAGAAGACCGGACACGACGGCUGACUUGCAGAAUAGCUGAUGUUUUAGCUUUUAUUUUGUACAUAGAGGAGCAACCAAAAACAAUACACAUUUAGGAUACGUAGCCAUAUCGAGCAGAAUUUUUCACUAAUUUAGGGGAAAGUUUUGCAUUUUUACACACGCAGAAAUGGAUAAAUAAAUAAUUAAAA